CGGGGCCCCGGGCUUGGGAGCAGCCCAUAUGGUUGGCAGUCCUCAGCCUCAACCCCGCACCGAUUGAGGGGGUCCAAGCGCUGGUCGCGGUGCUCGGGCGCUCUGUCUGGUGGAUGGCCAGCUCUCGCACCGAUCCGGAGACUGAGCCCGAAUCCGUGUUCCCACGGGAGGUCGGGCUCUUCACCGACUCUUACUCGGAGAGCAGCCGGUUCUGCUUCUGUGGGCACGAGCUGAGCAUCACGCAAAACUUUGGGUCGCGCCUUGGGGUGGCAGCAUGCGUGUGGGAUGCGGCUCUGAGUCUGUGUAACUAUUUCGAGAGUCAAAAUGUGGAUUUUCGAGGCAAGAAGGUGAUCGAACUGGGCGCAGGGACGGGCAUCGUGGGAAUCUUGGCGGCGCUGCAGGGGGGGGAUGUUACCAUCACUGAUUUGCCAGUGGCCCUAGAGCAAAUCCAGGAUAACGUCCUCGCUAACGUGCCGCCCGGAGGCCGGGCUCAGGUGUGCGCCUUGUCCUGGGGAGUUGACCAGCAUGCCUUUCCUGGAAACUAUGACUUGGUGCUGGGGGCAGAUAUCGUGUACCUGGAACCCACCUUCCCGCUGCUGCUGGGGACCCUCCGACACCUGUGUGGGCCCCACGGCACCGUCUACCUGGCCUCCAAGAUGAGAGCAGAACACGGGGCAGAGACCUUCUUUCAGCGCUUCCUGCCUCAGCACUUCCACCUGGAGCUGGCCCAGCGGGACGAGAACGUGAAUGUCAACAUCUAUAGGGCCAGGCACAGGGGGGUGACACCUCCUGGACAGCACCCCUUCUGUUGACCUAACUCUGGUCUCAGUGGGGGAAUGGCAUCCCUCCAGGGCCGCGAACACCAGGACAGAAGAAAAGGAUGGGUCGCCCGUCUUCUUCCUUCCCUCUUCCCUUUGGUUCCCCUAACCAUUCUUGGGAAGGAGCAGAAGGGUGGCUGGCUGCUUGUUAGGAAUGGCAGAGCCCUAGAGGCUUUGAGUGUAAAGCACAAAGAAGGCAGCCCACACCCGCCUUCAGAGGAAGGCGGUCAGCAUAGUUAGGAAUAAGGGAGGGAAUGGUAUGAAUGGUCCCUGCAGAGAGAUCACCACUGGUCGCUUCCAGUUCUUUAAACGGCAUGAACUUUUUUUUUUUUAAUUUGGCUUUUUCAAGACAGGGUUUCUCUGUGUAGACCUGGCUGUCCUAGAACUCACUCUGUAGACCAGGCUGGCCUCAAACUCAGAAAUCCACCUGCCUCUGCUACCCAAAUGCUGGGAUUAAAGGCCUGGCCCUUCACUGCCUGGCCUGGCCUGAACUUUUUAAAAAAAAAACACAUUCUUUGACAUUUUUUAAAGGGAAAACUGGGCAUUAAUUAUCUCUUCUGUAUCUCUAAGCAUGUAACUAUUGCCAGAAAGCUGGGUCCCGAGAUGCCUCAGGACACCUGUUUCUUGCCUGCUAAAAUAAGAGUCUCAAUAGGACAAGUCUUCCUAGACCUGAACCCUGGGAGGAGAAUCAGAGAUGUCUCCUUAGGCUGUAGCUUCUUUGCAAAAGCUCAAGACCUGAUCACAGGCAUCAUAUCACGUACCAAAUUCUGGACUCGGUGCUAGGUUCUUCCAAUCUCUAGUUCUUCCUUCCACGUUCAGGCUUUCCUUCUUGUUUUCCCUUCGGUUCUUGCCUCUCUUCCUCUGGAGCAGUCUGGCCAGAGAUCUUACCCUUUAGGCACACAACCAUCCAUCUUUGGUGUGUCUGCCACUGUUCUCUUAACCUCGAUGCCACACCUCAGAAUCUUGCCAUCUUCCAAAACCUGCUCUAAUUAGCUUCUACUGCAAGAAGCUACAUCUUUGCUUGCCGUGCAGGCCACACACACACACACAUACACGCCUGCUCCUAAACUACUUUGUAUCUCAAUCUCCUACUCUGUUUCUAUUACACUGUACUUUAGCCUUACUGCUUUGUUCUGUAAGUCUAUGCGGGCAUGCCCUGACUUCUCCACUUUCCCGAUGAUUCCCUUCCAGGAAGGGCCACUGCUCUCUGUCUAAACUUAUGUCUUGCUUCUGGAAAAUCAAAAAAAAAAAAAAAAAGAAAGAAAGAAAAACAAGAGGGAAAAAAAAAACCCUUCUCCUGAGCUUUCUGUUUGAAUGUGAUUUCCUUAAUCGGAGAUCUUUUAACUGUUUAAGGACCUUAUAUUGCCUUACCUGAUUCUUGUUUCCUAAGACCAAUAGAUACAUUGGAGGGCAGAGCUAUGAUUUAUUCAUCACUGAUGCCCUGAAACUGGCAUCACAUGUGUUCCCCAGAUAUUUUGCUAAUUCAGCAAUUAUUUCUUGUUGGAGGAAUUCUGCUUCUCCAGGUGACCUUGGACAAUUUCCUGAGCCCACCUACCUUCCUGCCAUUUUUCCCUGAGUCAUAAAUGGAUAAUGAAUAUGAAAGUACAUUGGAAAUAAAGAAACAAAGUAUCA